GCGUUCGUACCUGGGGCGGCGGCGAGGGCUUGACUGUCCCGAAGUCUCGUGAUGAAAAAUUUAGGCCACACCGGCUCGCUUGGUUGGUUGACUGGUCUAGUCGGCGAAUAAAACCUGGGGCGACUUGGCAAAACUGGGCAACAGGUGUGCACUGCACUCCUUUAGUAGGAGAUUUUUGUUUUCGACUUCUAUUUUGUGUUAUUUCUGUUUUCGUGAGGAGUUUGAUAAGUUUCGUCAGAGUGAAUUCCUAGGAUAAAGUUCGUACUUUUGGAUUAUUUCACACUUUUGAACCGAUGUUACGGCAUCAACGGACGGGAAAUAGAACAGGAUAUUGCAAGUGACACAUAACUAUGUCGUCGCGGAGGGAUAAUUCCGCUCUAGAACAGUGUGUGGCCAGAUUGAAAGAUGGACAGAGAAAGUUUCGCGACGGGGACUUCCCUCACAACCACAUCUCCCUGCAGCAGUCUCUGGAGGAACACAGCGGCGACGCCGAGAGGGUCCUGCAGGUCAGGGACAGGCUGGAGGAGGUCAAGAAGUCAAGGGACCUUCAUAUCCAGAGAAAGCGAUGCCUGGAGACGCUGCUGUACGUGUCCGAGAUCGAGAACGUGUUCCAGAAUGUGCAAACCGACGUGGAGGACCGUGCCUUGUACCUCAGCCAGCGGCCCAAAGUGUUCGAGAGCGUGUACAGAGGGGAGGACCUGGACAGCCAGUCACGCAUGCACAAGGACUGUGUCUAUGCGUUGCGGAACAGCUGGGUGUGGCUCAAGGAGCUGGUCUCCUGUCUGGACACACACACAGAGAACGCAGGGGGAUUCCAUCAGUUCCACCAUGAUGUGAAGCACCUGGAACAGGACAUGUUAAGUUACCUGCAGUGGCUGGACAGCCCGACGGUCACUGCACCGGUCAAGACCUCUGACCCCACUGUCAUGCUACAACACUUCAGGAUGCUGCUGAACCGUCUGUUAGACUACCAAGGGCGGGUGGAGCGGCUGACACAGCGUAGCAGGGAGGUGUACCCCAUCCACUACAGGAAGGAGCUGCCGGACUGGCCCGUCAAGGCCAAGGUUCUAGUCAACUAUGACCACAAAGAGGUAUCACUGAAGAGAGAUGAUAUGGUCACGAUCCUUGACAACUCUGACCCAGAACGGUGGAUGGUGAAAACAUCUGAUGGAGCUGAAUCUGAAGUGUCUGCUAUAGUGCUGGUGAUUCCCCCACCAGAUCCUUCGUGCUUCCAGGAGGUCAACAGGUUACGUGAACAGAUGUACGUCCAUAGUGAGACAUCAGCGAAGCGUUUGCGCUCUCAAAUUUUACAGUUUCUUCCCAUCAUGGUAGCCAACACACAACCGAAAGAGCUGAGUGGCUUAUCAUCAGAACAAAAGUCAGCUUACCUCACCUUGGCCAAUGAGGCCACACAACUUCUGCGUAGCUCCUCGCUGGACGACCCCGAGUACCAGAAGAUGAAGAACGAGAUGACCGCCUUUCGGAAGCUGGUCAGUCAGGUCAAGCCAGGUUCAAAAGAUCUGAAAAACCCUGCUGUACAGAGAUGGAACACAACUGGUACUUUGCUGAGACAAUACAAGGAGCUGUUGGCGUACGGUGACUACUUUUAUGAAGAAUCAGAACGAAAUCGAAAGGAGGAGAGUUUACUAGUCAGAGAUCUGACGUCCCCACCCACCUACACUUCCAACGCUUACUUCCAGAGAGUUAUCCCGACGGUGGAUGUGGAUCCUGUGACCAAGGAGACUCAGUGGACCUCCUUCAAGUCGGAGAUCUACAUCCACGAGCGACACAGGGACAAACAGUCUUCCGCCGAACUAAGACACAAACAGCGCAAGCAGAAGGGCUCAGCCCUUGCUGGGAACACACCCAUGGAUGAGGUGGACGGCAUCCGGGCAGCGUCAUAUCAACCCACCUCGUCAUCGGAAACCAGGAAGUUUGUCAUCUCCGGGAUCAUCGACCUCAAAAGCGGUCAGAAACUCAGCGUGUCCCAGGCCUUGUCAAGGGGCAUCAUCAACAAAGAGUUUGGAACUUAUAACAAUUUGGAGACAGGAGAAUCUAUCCCCAUAGCGGAGGCCAUCGCGCGAGGUCUCAUCACUGUAGAGUUUGCGGACGCCCUCUCCAACGGCAUGUUUCAGAAUGGUGGCGAGCAGGGAGACUUACUGCAGAACUCGCUAGAGACAAAGACUUAUGCUAUCUCUGGGGUCGUAGAUCCCAGGACAGGGGAGAUGAUCAGUGUGAAGGAGGCCAUCGCCUCGGGACUUCUGGAUCCGAGGACAGGAAAGUUCCGGAACCCUGUGACAGGUGAAGAGUUGUCUCUAAUGGAUGCUGUCAGAGCUGGCUAUCUCAUGGCUGACCCAUCACUUUUAGAAGACGAGGACGACAGGGACGGCCCCAUGUACCAGAGCUACACGUCCAUCGUCCUAGAGGAGGUCAAGUACAAGGUUGCCUCAGUAGUCGACCCCGUCACGGGGGAGGAGAUCUCCCUAAAGAGAGCCAUUCAAGAUGGCAUCGUUGACCCAAAACAAGGAACGUACAAGAACCCUCACACCGGUGAGGUCAUGCCCUUAGAGGAGGCUAUUAAGCGUGGGCUCAUCAAGUGUCGGCCGUUUGACCCGUCCAGGGACAGAGAUGACGACACUGUUCUCGCUUUCCAACAGCUGCAGGUGAAGAAACAAACGUUUAAGGCAGGCGAGCCAGGUUUGGUCAACGGGGAAGCGGCGAAGGCGGACCCUAACGAAGUUCUGCUUGACCGUCUCCGAGAUCAAGUGAACACGGCUAAAGUGAUGAUUGUUGACCCCAGAACUGGGAAGCCCAUCUCGCUCGAGGAUGCUGUUGAGCAGGGCUUGAUUGACUUGGCAAAGGGAACUUUUCAGACCCCUGAUGGUCAGACAGUGUCCCUUCUAGAGGCUUGUGCUCAGGGCUAUCUGGAGCCAUCGGUGCUGGAAACACUUAUGAAAGCCUACCAUGGCGCAAGUCUUGGAGACAUGAUCCGUACGGGUCAGUUUGACCCGGACACUGGACUGGUCACUGAUCUGACCACCGGUCAGACGCACACACUGCAGGCAGCGAUUGAGAACGGUACCCUUGACCCUGAGACGACCUUCUUUUUCGACGUUGCAACAGACAGGAUCACUAGCGUGGCUCAGGCCUUAGAGUCGGGCCGACUGGACAAAGCAUCUGGGAAGAUCGUCGAUGCAGGGUCAGGGCGAAAUCUCAGUGUCAGCGACGCUAUCAAACAAGGUCAAAUUCUUGCCGAGAUUUCCCCCGAGCAGCUGGCUGAAAAGGCUGAGAGUCUGUCUCUUCUGCGAGGCUGCAUGGACACGUCGAUAAAGGGCAUCAAGAUCCCCAACGUGAGCGAGCUGGCCUCGGUGGAGGAGGCUGUGACCUUGGGUGCUCUGAGUGUGCCCAAAGCAGCGUACGCCGACGAGAACACGGUGGGCACUGUGCCGCUCCAGCUGGCAGUACAGAUGGAGAAGGUGGAGCCUGCCGUGGCUGUGGCGCUCUUCUCUGCUUUCGACCAACAUUCCUUAGAGAAGGCCAUCCAGCAAGGCAAGUUUGACCCCGAGACAGGCAAAAUCAUCGACCCGGCCACGAGGAAAAAGUUUGCGCUGGACGAAGCUAAAGAGUGCGGAGGGUCCAACCCCGACUUUGUGUUCCUCGUGGAUCAAGAAAGCGGAAACGUCACCACGCUCGGUGCUCUGGUCGGGAACGGAAAACUAGACCCCAGUUCUGGACACUUUGUCAGUGAGACCACCGGUCAUCCUAUGACGGUCAGUGAAGCUAUCGCCCAGGGUCUUCUCGUCCCCUCCAUAGAGCCGGAGAAAUACGUGGACACCUCCUGCUCCCUCAAAGAUCUCAUCGACUCUGGGAAGGUGAACCCUCGCAGCACCGAGUUUGUCGCAGCGGGAGGUUUGCGAAUGUCGCUGCGUGACGGGCUGGCCAACGGUUUCCUCACCAUGAGCUCUAAGGUACAGCUGGACCCGGAGACAGGGGAGGUCAGCCUGGUGUCUGAUGAGGCUGUGGUACAGUCCCUCAUUGAGGUGAAAGAGAACUCUGACUGGCUGUCAGAUAUUGAGAGAGCUCUUUCAUCCCAAGGUCGGCCAAGUGAGAGGAUGGAGAAACUAAAGCGGCAAGCAGAAGACUGCCAGGGUCUGAAACAAGAGAUCAACAGGAAAGAGCCAGAGCUGAAGUCUGUGAUCAGCCAGGCAGAGCAGUUGGUACAGAACAACGUCAAGAGCCAGGAGCAAGGUCAGGUCAAAGACGAGACGUCUCAGCAGUUCCAGAAGCUCAAGUUCAGUGCCACGGACCUCAAAGUCCGCUUUGACAUGGUCAACUCAGAGUCCGACACACGUGUGAGCAAGUUGAGCAGAAUGGGAGACAACUUGGAGGAGAUUUACUACCACCUGGAGGAGCUAGACCAGUGGCUGGACGCUGCCAUAGAGAAGACUCAAGACAUGCAAGCUGACCGAGUGGACAUUGAGUCUCAGUAUGAGGCCUUCAAGGAGUUCUUGGAAGAUGUCAAGGAUAAAGAGGAAGACAUGACUGCCAUUACAAAAUCUGCUGACGCUUUCAAAGAUGAUGCUCAGACUUCACCAUGGCUGGCGAGCGUCUGGCGUCUGGCCUGUCUGACGCCGGUCUAGUGGAGGAUGCGGGAGACGUGCAGGCUAGCGUGGACUUGCAGAGAGAGCAGCACCGCACCCUGCUGGAGGAGAUCUCUGACCACGAGCAGCUGCUGGACGCCGCCGUGGCUGAACAGGAGAACGUCAUAGGUCGCCUGGAGGUCGUGGAGGGUGACCUGCGGUCAGCAGAGCAAGUCCUGGAGCAGGACAGGGACGUGAGCCUGGACAAGGAGCAGCUGGGCCAGCAGUUACAACAACAGAGACUUCUCAAUGCCACACUCAACAGCAGCCGCUCUCUCUUAGACAGGCUUAGUCAGGAGGUGGCUGGUAACCGUGAGGCAGAGGAAAAGAUCACUGCCCUGCAGAUCCAGGCUGAGCAUCUGGAGAAACUGGCCGACGAGCGCACGCAGGAGCUGGAGGAUGUCCUGGCCAACAUCGUGGAGUUUGAGACCAGGGCCGGGGAAAUGGACGGCUGGCUGGCGGACUCGAUCAAAACUCUUAAACCUAAAGGAGGCGCCCCGAAACCUACACGGGCUAAGGUUGACAGCCUCCAUGAGAACAAGAAAGAGAAGGAAGGAGAGAUGGAGGCUCUGCGGCAGAUGUGCUCGGACAUGGUGACCAGCACGGGUGUGCAGGACAGGUACGCCAUGAAGGAGACGAUGGCCGACGUGGAGGGCAAGUGGAACGACCUCACUGAGCUGCUGGUGCAACAGGUCUCUCUAGAGGCUCUGUCAGAAAUCGAUGGCAUGCUCAAGUACCUGGACAAAGCGGAGAACGAGAUCAACACGGCCGAGCCCAUCAGUGUGGAUCCAGAGACUCUGGGAGUGCAGCUCAGAGACCACAAGGGUUUUGACGAAGAUCUGAAGAACAAGCGUAACGCUGUGAAAGAAAUCAUCGACAAAUGUACUCGUAUGCUGCGCGAGACGACCAAUGCUCAGACGGACGAGAUCAAGUCCCGACUGGACAGCAUCAAGACUCAGGCAGACGUUGUGUGUCAGCUCAGUGCGGAGAGGCUGCAACAGCUGGAGGCAGCAUUGCCCCUAGCAACGCACUACGGGGAGAACCAGACAGAGGUGACCUCAUGGCUGGAGGAGAUGGAGGCAGAGUUAGGGGCCCAGGGGGAACCCGGACAGAACUUGGAGCAGGUUAAGAAACAGCAUGAUAACCUCAAGGCAACUCAACAAAUUAUCGAGGACCAUAAACUGUUCAUUGACGACCUCAACUCCACGGGAUUGGAGCUCAUGGACGUGUGUGCGGAGAGUGACGCAGUUGACAUCCAGAACCGCUUGCUGGACAUCAACAAGCGCUACGAGGGUCUUAAGUCACAGGCUCGCAACAAGGGCAGGGAUCUGAUGGAUUCCAAGAGAAAGUUUACACAAGAGGCUGGCGAGUCCCUGGAUCAACUGCUAGAGGACCUGGAUGGCUUACAGCGAGUGGUCACUAAUGCUGACCCUAUCCCUGCCUCCCCCGACAAGCUCAAGAAUGAGAUUGAUGAAAACAAGGCUGUGUUAGAGGACCUUGACAGACAGAAGGGAGCUGUAGCCAAGGCAGAUGAGAUAUUGAAGAAUCUGAAAGCCCAUGGUGUGGAGGACCCAGCAGAUGUUGAAGACAUCAAACAAAAAGUGGCUGAAAUAGGAGACAUGACCAAGAACAUCGGCAACUCUGCUCAGGCCCGUGACAAGUCCCUCAACGCGGCCCUCCGUCUGUCGGAGAAGUUCUACGACCUGUCAACGGAUGUCAUGUCAGGGCUGCGUGACCUCAAGGACAGUUUGUACAGCCAGGAGCCUCCAGGUGUUGACCCCGAGGCCAUCAAGGAACAGCAGGGAGAACUUGCCGGCCUAAAGAAAGAGCUGGAAAAAGCCCGUGAGUUGGUAGGAGACAGCAAAGGUUUGGGUGCAGAACUCUGCAACAUCUGUGGUGAGCCUGGAGCCAUCGAGGUCAGGAAACAGCUAGAAGAUCUGGGCCACAUGACUGAUGAUGUCAACGACACAAUCCGAGACCGCGGAGACGAACUGAGGAAAGCUUACCAGCAUGCCGAUCAGUUCAAGAAAUUACUCGAGAACUUCCUCAGCCUCCAAGAGUCUGUGAACUCAUGGCUGCCCAAAGCAGAGCAAAAAUUGGCUCAGAUGCGACCUGCUUCCGCUGACCCCAAGGCACUACAAGCCCAGAUGGAGGAGCUGAAGACGUUCAAGGCAGACGUCCACCCUCACAUCACGGAGAUGCAGCAGCUGAACCAGGAGAUGGCAGCCCUGAGAGACACGUCGCCCAUCGCCGCCGAGGGCCUGCACCGCUCUGUCAAACAGGCCAACGAGAAGUGGGCCGACCUGCUGAGGGGACUCACGGAGAGAGAGACCAAACUGACAGACACCCAGCUGAAGGUAGGGGAGGUCAGCCAAGCCAUGGAUGACAUGAUCAGCUCCCUCCACGUUGCCCAAGAGGAGCUGGAACAUUUUGAUGAGAUCAAGGGAGACCCAAAGUUCCUUGAGACACACAUGAGGAAACUACAGUUGUUGCAGUCUGACUUGCGGAACAAGGAGAAAGCGGCCCGCAAGCUCAACAAAGCCGUGGACGAGGUGGUGGCCCAGAGUGGCGUAGACCCAGCCCGGUCGCCGCUGUGUGACAAACAGAAGGAGAUGAACCAGAAGAUUCGGGGGACGCAGGCCACAGCUAGGGAGAAGGAGAACAAGCUGCAAGAAGCUAUGAGACAGGUGAAGAAGUUCUUGGGUGACAUGGACGACCAGCUGUCAGCUGUCAAUGACUUCCGUGCGGAGCUGAAAACUAACCAGCCUUUUGGUGCCCUGCCAGACACAUCGGAGAAACAAUAUGCAGAGUUUUUGAAAAAAUGUCAGGCUCUGGAUGGUCAAGAGAAACCCAUAGAGGCUUUGCUGACCGCCGGUCAAGAGUUGAUGGAGCAGUGCCGGCCUCAGGACGUGGGCCAGGUGGCCGAUCGUGUUCGCAGACUCAAGGAGAGGUGGGCAGAUACCAAGGACAGGGCCAGGAAGAGGAAGGAAAAAAUGGAAGAGCACUUGCGUAAUGUGGAGCAAUUCCACGAGACCCUGAAGACCUUCACCGAUUGGCUGAACUGUGCUGAGGUCAACAUGAGGAGCUACAAGUACCCCAGCAAACUAGUAGACACAGUCACCAAGCAGAUACAGGAACAUGAGGUCAUGAGGGCUGACUUGGAGUCUCAGGCUGAGAAGAUGAGCGUGCUGGAGCGGACGGGCACAUUCCUUAAAUACUUUGGCCGCAAACAGGACACGACCUACGUGAAGAACUUGCUGGUGGGCAUGAGGCUGCGCUGGAAGAAGUUACUGAGACGAGCUGACGAAAGGGGCAGGCUACUGCAACAGGCCUACAGGGAAGACAAGAGGUUUGACGAGUCAUGGCGUGGUCUGUGUGACUGGCUGGACGACAGCAUGAAGACCCUGAACAAGUUCCUCAGCCCAGGCUCCCAGCCGGCGGCCAUGAAGCAGGACAUCGAUGAGCUCAAGAAAAUUGAACUAAUCCGGCCAAAACAAGCUGGACGAGGCGCUGCUGACGAGUGGCCGGGUGUCGGACGCCCUGGUCAGUCUGCUGGAAUGGCUGCACAAGGCGGAGGCGGCGCUGGACCAGGAGGCGCCCGUCAUGGGAGACCUGGACACUGUGCACAUGCUGAUUGAGCAACACAGGAACAUCCAACAGGAGCUGGCGGCAAGGGAGGCCACUGUACUGACCAUGAAGGCGCCCGGGAACCUGCCGCCGUCCCAGAGCGAGGAGUUGUCGGCCCUGUGGGACCGGGUCAACCACCUCUGCGACGUCCGAGAGUCCAAACUCAAAGAGGCUCUCAAGCUAGCUGAAGAGUUCCAGGACGUGGUGACUGUCAUGAGAGAGUUCCUGCCCCAGGCUGAGGCACAGCUCAAGUUCCGUGCCCUGCCAGAGGAUGAGAUGGUCAUCCUGCAGCUCAUUGAGAAACACGAGAAAUUUCAAGAGGAGCUGCGUAACCACCAGGGAAGUGUGGACAAGAUCAAAGGCCUGGCGGAGGAGAUCCUCCUGAGCUGUCAUCCCAACGCUGUGCGCUUUGUCAAGUACUACCUCACCAUCACACAGACGCGCUGGGACCAGUUGUUACAACGAGCCGGGAACCGCGGCCAGCGUCUCCAGGAAGCUCUACGUAACAUCCAGGGCAACGCAGCUCUGCUGGAGGAGCUCCUGGCCUGGCUCACGGACGCCCAGGCUCUGCUGGCCACCAAGGAGAGAGACCCCGUGCCCGACGACCUCAAAGUGGUGGAGACGCUGCUCAAGGAACAUCUGGAGUUCCAUGAGGAAGUGACGAGUAAGAACAACGAUGCCGAGCGCCUCUCCAAACUGGUCACUUCAGAGUCCAAGAUGGCUGCCCAAGGCAAAGGUUUUGGCAGCAACAUGAAGCUGAAUGAGUUUGAUGGCUACAACCCACGAGUGAUCGCCCUGCAGAACAAGUGGCGCACUGUGUGGCGUAUGUCGGUCGACAGGAAGAAACAGCUGCAGGACGCUCACGACACCUUGUUGGAGCUUGAAAGUUUCAAGAACUUUGACUUUGACCUGUGGCGGCAGAGGUAUCUGAACUGGAUCCAGGCCAAAAAAUUCAGAAUCACAGACUUCUUCCGCAGACAAGACAAAGACAGCGACGGAUUUUUGAACAGAGAGGAGUUUGUCAGUGGCAUGCUCAAGUCCAAAUUCCCAACAAAUAGGACAGAACUGAAUGCUGUGUUUGACAUCUUUGACGGAAACAACCGGGGGCUUAUCGAGUAUAAAAAUUUUGUAGAUGCCCUCAAGACUGACAGGAAAAAUAGAGCCAAGAACAAUAACCGCAAGUCAAAAUCUGACAUGGAGUUGAUCCAUGAGGAGAUCGAGAAGGAGCUGUCCUCGUGUGCCUGCAGAAGUCCCUUCAGAGCUGAGUGGCUGGAUGAAGGAAAAUACAGGUUUGGAGAGAAGCAGAAGACAUGCCUGGUUCGCUUCCUCAACCACACAGUCAUGGUGCGGGUGGGCGGCGGCUGGGUCACACUGGAGGAGUUUGUGGAGCAGAACGACCCUUGCAAAGCUAAAGGCCGCACUAACUUCGACCUCCGCGACAACUUAGCUCUCCCAGAUGGCUCCCACCACGGGCAGGGCCUGUACGGAGGCCGCCGCAACAGCUCGGGCCGGACAUCCCCCUUCCCAACAGGCGUCCGGCGGCGACAGAACGACACAGGCUACGCCUCCUCCAACUCAUCAGGCAGUAACGACUCUUCCCUUCGCCGGAGUCGAAUCACCUCCUCCAUGGUCAAUCUGGCAAGUCCUGCUGGGGGGAAUCCGGGCUAUUCAAACCCAGGCCUGGCUCGUAGCUCAGACGCUUUUGGAUCUACAGGGAACCUGAACCGCAGCAAACGCCUGAGCACAUCUUCCUCCAACAUCUCUGGCCGUAAGACGCCCACAUCAAACUCAUCGGCAGCCAACAGAAGAUCACUGAUAUUCACCCCGCGGUCCACCACCCCGACUGUGGCGUUUGGCUCCUCGGUACGGUCGCGGCCCACUACGCCAACCUUCUCCCCGCACUCAUCAUCAACCCCUCAGAGGCCGGGCAGUGCCACCCCGACCAAAGGACUCGGUUCAUCAUCUGUAGGCCCCACCAGGCAACGACGCUUACCCAGCACCCCACGCACCCCCACCUCCUCAUCUUCACAAGGCUUCAGAUAGUGCUGAGUGCUAGUCUCUUUUUGUGAUACCAAGUGUCUUAUGCCUGAAACUAGCUAGGGAAAAAGUUCAGCUUAACAAUCCAAUUCUGCUCUUAAAGUGAAGUCUUCUUUUUUUAAAAUUACCCUCUGAUUUUUUAGGAGAAGUGUAGUAAUAAAGUAUUUGAACGAGGUAUUUGCAGUGGAAUUUUAUAGACUAAUUAUUUCAAUAAAGUAAAGCCAUUUUCCUACUAAAUUUUACCUGACGUCGGACGAGUUCAUUGACGUAAUGUGUACACCUUAUGCUCUUGUCCUCAUCUUCUUGACAAUUUCAGAGUUUUAGCUGAAAAUAACAUAACUUUUGAAGUUGAAUGAUACGGACGAAAUGUCUGCACCAUAUGCAAGGCUCCUAUGAAGCCAGAGGAACCGAUAACAGGUUGUGCUUGUUUUUACUGUUUACAAAAAGUUGUGACCGGUAUACAGAUGUUUGAAAAAUUGACUAUGCAUUUAAUUUUAUGUCAACCAUUCCUAUGUUUGUUUUGUACCGUAAGCUUGAUUCUUUUUUUCCAACCUUUGUUGUAAUGUUGUGAGCUCAUGCUCCCACCACUGUUGAUGUGUUGACUGUGUCUAGAGACAGCCUCGGUGGUGUGUGCGUGCCUGAGACAUUCCGCUAGAGCAUUUUACCAUAUUUUGUUGUUUUGAUGGAUCAAAACUUUUAUCGUGUACAGCUAAGAUUCUUAACUUUGCUUUAGUGAUGAAAAACUGCUUUUGAGAUUGAAUUGUGUCAAAAGCAAAGUUAUGUCUCUUGAGUAAUGCUAUGCAUUUCAUAACUUCUUUUCUUGUGACUGGAUCAGAGAAUGAGAAAGUCAUACUCACAUCCUUGAAAGCUUAUGCUCAUGAAUGGACAAAAAGAGCGGUUGAGGGAGGUUUUGAUGACUUAUAUAUCGGAGAAGGAAGAUUUACUCAUGCAGGGCAUGUUCGUCUUUGAAAAAUUAUUUGCAGAUAUUCCUAGUUACUCCUGCUCUUGUAAAGAAUAUUAUUAGUUUAACGAAUUUAUAGUUAUCUGAAAGAAAAUGGUUGUGAAAAAACUUGUUUAAACAUUCCUGUUUGUGUCAACAGACAAAACCGCAUAUCAGCAGAUGCAAAUGUUAAUCUUAUAAUGUCUGCCAUGGUUUUUUAAGAUGUAUUUUAUUUAUCGUAAAACCAGGGGAUGGGGGUGGGGGGGAAUAUGUAAGUUAAUGUUCUUCUUAUCAGAUCUGAAUUUUUAAUUUACCGGAGUCAUUGGUUUGGCCUGGUUAGGCUAUAGGUUGUGAGAUCAUAAAAUUUGUUUUGCCAGUUAAGCUGCUAAAGCUGAUUCUUUGGGACACCUGUAAAUUCAGAUGGCCUGAGAUAAACCAAGUCUCUACUGUUAUCUUUGAGGUUUUAAGGUGCACUGGGCACAGCUUACUUCCUACAUUUAUAGCAGGGUAAAAUGUGAUCUGAAUAGCAGUUGGAAAAAUUGUAAGAUACUUAUUGUUACUAACAUGUUGCCUUAGAAUGGAUAUUUAAGGUCUUAUGAAAGGCAAGGACUUUCAUUAUCUGAAAGCUGUCUUGCUGAAAAUAUGAAAGACAAGGACGUUAUACAGUUUUCGCAAAAAGUGAACAUUUUAACAUUGUUCUCUGCAUUGACUUCUACUGUUGUCUUAUUGAGUGUAUUUUAAUACCUUCAUGUUACCAAUAUUGUUUGGUGCAGAUAUUUUAUGAUGCUUCUCGUAUUAUAUGGUUAACCUCACCAACCUAAAAUGAUUCUGAGGACAAUUUUUACAGCAUACUUUUAUAUAAUAUUUAUUAUGUCUUAUCUGCUUUGGCUCAUGAACUUUUCCAGCGAUGUGUGAAAAUAGUGGUUGAUAAAAAUCUUAGGUGGUCUAUCUAUCUGAACAAAGUGUUCUCUCUCCCUCUCCCCCACCCCACCCCCACACAGUAUAUUUAAAGCUAGAAAAAGAACUAUGUAUACCAUGCAUUAUUCCGAGGUCCCUUUGUCCACCACAUAAUAAUACUGCUUUGGUUCUAUACUGUGUAGAGCAAAAGGGUAGCCAGGCUUGUGUAUCGCCAGCUGUCUCAGAUAGUCACUUCCAUUCCAUGUUUUUAUACAGCGUUCCAUGCGUACCUUGUGGACCGAACAUUAUCUGGGGGUAAGGUUGUCACCGCACCAUGUACUGAACCUCAUCAAACUCGGACAUAUUAUUGCAUUUUCAUUGUAGCUGCUUGACUGAGCUGAGAGAUUGUGUGCAAAUAUUUCUGUUUGUAUCGACAGACGAAGGGGUCUGGACGAAACAGGGAGAAUGUGAACGUCUUUGUUGUAUUGUGUGUAUCUGGAAGUGUGUAUGUGUGAGAUGGACAGACCUGUGACUAUGAGGGUGGCUAGGUGCGUCAUGACAAAGAAGUGUCUCAAACUAGAGAAAGGCAUACAUGGGGGAAAUGGGGCUGGCUCUUACUUGUUGUAUUUACAAUACAUUACAGAGAAUAUAUGUAGAGCUUGUGCAUGCCGCUGUUUUGUAGGUCUGUGUUAGUAGCGCUAUGUGAGGACACCAUUUCCAUAUUGUUUGUUUUUAGUGAGAGAGGUAACAUAUUAUAUGUACAAAGUCAAAGUUUCAGAUCAUGAUAGUUUUGUCAUUUGCAAGUGGUCCCAGUGUUUCCUUUCUUGUGCCUCUUCUGUCUGACGUUGACUUUGAAUCAGUAGGAGGAGUAGAUAGUGAUUUGUAGCUUUGUGAUUUGCACAGUGUUGGAAAUGCAAGCAAGUCUAGUUGCUCAAUAGCGUAAAAACUGAAUCGACUUUUACCUUGGAAAAUUGAAGUUGAUGAAUAAAUUUUUUUACAAGUACCACAUGAUGUGCAUUAUUUUAUGUUCUUGUAGCAUCAGAUGUAGCAGGCUGAGGUGCUCCAGUUAGAUUAGCUAUUGCCUUGAUGAAACCAUAUUGAAAGUAAAAGUCACAGCAGAUUUAAGAGUGGUGUGUACAGGCAUUCUCUAUCAUUUUUCCCAUACACCCAUCAUGCACAAAGGUGUUGCCAUCCCUCAUGACGGUGUAGCCUUGCGAUGCUGGGACAGUGUGUGUCUUACUAGUUGCCUUUUGAUCUCAUGGUAAUAUAUGAUGUUGGAGUUGUUACAUAUGAUCGUUGUCAUGGUCAGACCUAUGUCCAUAUCUUCACUUCUAUUGCAGUAAAGGUAAGAAACUUCAAAUAUUGAUGCUUCUGCGCAAGUGUAAAUCAGGGUCAAAGGAUUUUAAGCUCAUCUUUUAUUUGCAACAGUUACGAAUGUUAUGGCAAUGGUAGCCUACUAUAUACGAUACGUAGGACUUGUAAGUCUGGACGUGACAACUAAGAUUAUGCUGUUGUUUGAGUUGAGAUGGUGUGUGAUGGCAUUAUCUGCACAGCUAUUGUGGCUGUUCUGGGAACUUGCUGAUGAUGGAGAGAUGUGAGAAGUAUUGUAAUGUAUAAUAAUUGUUGGAGGUUGCCCAGAGUUUUUUUGUGUGCCUCACUUUGCCUUCUAUUCCAAAUUCUGUCUCUGUGUUGAAGGACAAACAUUCCAGACACUUGCAAAAUGUGUCACUGAAUUUCUUCAUUACCAUUCCAGAUUUUGAAACUAUAUUUUUCGUUCAUCUCUUCACUUUGUAAGUAAUGUAAGUGAUCCUAUCUAUAAGUAGACAAUGUGGAUAUAUCUUGCAUCUGCCCAUAACAUUAAGCCAGUUGAAUCUACCACUUUAUUCGUAAAGUAUUUAUCUAUUUGGUUCUUAACAAAUAACAAAAGUAAGUUUUUCCCUUCUAUAAUUACUUUCAACUUUCAAAUUGACUGAAAAUUCGCUCUUAACCUGGUUUUCAAGAAUAUGAAGUUUUGAACCUUUGAAAUUUAGUAAUUUCUUCUCAAAAGUCUAUUACUAUUUUAUCACUUACUUUUAACAUGUAAGAGGCUGGCAAAAAAAAAAUACAGUACUUAUGAAUGAGAUGAAACAUUACACUCUUACAUUACUUACAAAGACGAGAUAUAUCCCUUCAGAGUUGUGGUUCAAAUAUAACCAUAUUAAUAUUACCAUGUCCAACCUCAGACUCGGAGGCAGUGCUCAGGAACAAAUGUUUCAAAGCACAAUUAGUAUUAGUAUUCCAAGUGUUCUGCUGUUACUAUAACAACAUCGACGAGAAGUAGUCUAUGCUGUUGUCUGAGAACUGAUUCUAUGAUAAUAUCAUUAUAGGUGGCAUGGCUUUUUGUUGUUUCUUUUUUCUUUUUCUUAUACUCAAGUGAAUUAGCUGGGAUGAGAAUGAUAGUGGAGCAGGGAAUGGGUUCAGCUUGAGAUGAGAUUGUGUGACUGUUGUGAUGAGUCCGAUGUCAUGAAUGGAAUGAGAGGAGAAAGGCUUAUAAAUGCCUGUAGCAAAUUUGUAAAACACUAUUAAUUAUACUAUUGUACACUUAUACCAUCAUGAUAUACCAUGCCUUAUGUAAAGACAAGACUUUAUAUCAGCCAUUAAAAAAUUCUUGAACAAAU